GGACCAUGGCCAAUCCCAGCAUUCAAAAUUUCUUGGACCGCAAGAGUCAAUAUGUGUCCAACGCAAAGCAUUCAGUAAACAUGAACUUGAGCAUGGGAAUGGCCACUUUGCCGAAUAAGCUCCUCAAUCUUCUCAAUCAUUUUGAGCGUAACUAGAAUAUCAGUCCUAAUGGCAAAAUUAGAACCAGUCAAGUCCAAUUUUCCAAGUGCGUCGACAAAGUAGUCGCCAGAUCAUCAAAUCGCUAACCGGCAAUCGAGUUACGGAAGAAUAGCUGAAUGUGAUCCCAGAACUGGGUAAGAACUAUCAGCACACCUUUUUUUUUUUUUCCCAAUCACAAUCUAUUCAAUGAGCUGUUGUUCCGAGGUAGGGAACUUUCCAGGACUUUUCCAAACAUCCGUAGUAUAGCUUAUCCAUCCUGUGCCUCAAGUAUUCUCUUGGCUUCUUCAACCUUCAGAUCAGAUCAAAAUAGCGGAAGAUACGGUUGCGAAGAGUGUCGGCGCCGGCCAUUUUGAUCUCGGCAUGAG